AUGGCGAAACAUUUCUUCUGUUCGCCAAGCCAAAGUAAAAAUGUUAAGUUUCGAGAAGCUUCUUUUGACCUUCUAACAGAUUUCCUUGUUAAUCUCAACAAAAAGAACAAAGAUAACAUCAACAGUUUAUCUAAAUGUAGCGGAAACUUCAAAGAUAAAAGACUAAUGGAAUACAUCUUCCUGAUAACUAAAGAGCUAAGACUCGACCCGCUGGCUGGAUACCAUGCCAUCGAAUUACUCCAAAGGUUCAUGGUGAAGCACCUGACAGAUUUGUUGGCCACACCCACACCUCAAGGAGCAGCUGCCGAUCAACCCGGAAGUUAUGAGGAUGCUGUGUUUGAAAAGCUCAAGGAGAAAUUCCCCUUCAUUGUCUUCACCUGCGUGCAAAUAGCAAGCAAACUCUCUUUGCAUAGCCAUAUAAUCGACAACAACACUGCAGUGCGCUUUCUGCAUUCAGUCGGCCACGAUGUUUCCAAGCAGGCUCUCCUGGAGUCAGAGCUGGUGGUCCUCAAAGGGCUGGAAUAUAAACUAAAUGCUACUAACCCUCUGUCAUUUGUGGAAAUCCUUCUGGAAGUGCUUGGACACAAUGAGCCGUCCAUCCCUGUGGAGCGUCUGCAUCUGCUGUGUCAGCACGUUCUCCAGUUCGUCAGCCUGCAGCGGACCGCCAUCUUCGACUCGUUGUUAGUGACGACCACUCAGUGUGUGAGCCCUCCCAGAGAACAGAGAGAGAAGUUUGUGACAGUGACUGAAGACUGCAUGCUUCUUGGAGUUGGUGUCAUCGCCGUGGCUACGUUCGUCCUCCAUAACAGAACAUGGGAACAAAUAGUGGGAGAACUGAGCCACAUCACAGGAAUCUCAGAAAGGAGCAUCAGGGAUUUUGCUCAUGUGACCUUGAUGCACAUUAUAUCAAAUAACAGUUCAUUAAAAAGUUAG